UAGCCUCUCCUGUUACUACGUCAAUCUCUUUCCGGUUUCUGAGAAGUAGGGGAUGAUUUCAAUGAAGUGUGGUUGAGAUUUAUACUUCUCUUGUUCUUGUGUUGACUUACAUAGUUUUAUGAUACCUGAAAUCAAAAAGGACUCAGACAUUGAAGUAACAUAAUACCAGUGGUAGGCAUUGGCACAAUGUGGGAACAGUGAGGAUGAGUGUUCAACUUCUGUACAUGGAUCAGUCCACUUUAUCAAAAGAGAAGGUAGAAGGAGAGGCUGACGUAGGAAGGGCUACUGCUGACGAAGAGAUGGCAGAGGUGGAGCUGUCAGGCAAGGGACUAGAGGAGUUCCUAGCUACGGGGCGAACAGGCAGACGUAAUGCAUUAGGGGACAUACAGGACCAGGUGGCAGGUGGCCUCACCACAGCAGACCUACCCCUAGACAUGGCCAAACUUUCAUGUUCUGAAAACUCCAGUAACCAGGCAGGCUGCUCUUCGAGUUCUACAUCAAGUCCAGGUCCAGGAACUCAGGCCUCCUAGCCCCAAUUCUUCUGGUAUGGGCUUCAGACUAAGUGGUUGAAUAAGCAGCAGUUGAUGCCCUCCUGGCCUUUUUCAUGAAACAUGCAGCAUGCUCAAGGACUGCAGUGAGUCUUGCAUCGGUCUGUACCAUGAAUACCAUGAUACAUCUAAACUGACAGCUUGAGAAGACUGCUGUGGUGUAAAGUCCCAUCAUGAAACUUUGUUGACGUGCUGUAUUAUUGCUUUGAAAUAUUGUGUAUUGUGGCUCAGUAUGGUUAGUUAGAUGAAAGGAAUAGUUUGUGUUCUGAGAAACUAGUGGGAACUGAAUAAUUAGAUGCUGUAGAAAAAAUUUAUAAGAAUCUUCUGAAACACUUUCUUGUAACCUAGGUGUUCAAACAUGGGUUGAUUGAAAACAAGAUGAAUGUAUUUCUUACCUAUUUGAAGACUAGACAUGAUGUAAGAGGAGACAAUUUUCAAGCAAAGACUGACAAUGUUUACAUGUGCAGCUGUCUACAGCAGUUUAGCACAUGUUAACACUAUUGAUAAAGGGUAUUGAGACACUGCCAUCUUGCACCAUGGAACCUUCCAUACAUACUGGACUUCAAUGCCUGCCGAGAGAGUCCAAGAAAAUGCCAACAGUUUGUAUGCCAUGUGUUCAUAGAGCGAAACUGUUUGAUGAACAAAAUUUAUGUCAUGCUAGUGUAGAUCUCAUUCUCAAAACCAAGAUGGUGCUCCACAGGAAGUGAAGUUACUGGGGACAGAAACACAAGCAAAAUGUGAUCCUUGCCGUUUGUUUGUUUGUUUGGUGUUUUUUUUUUUUUUUUUGGCCAGCAUAGUAACUGGCCUUUCAGAUCGAGAAAGAAGCAUAAAAAUUUGAUAUUUUUCAUGGUGUUGAAUGUGCGUGAGUGAAUGUUAUUUUGGACAUGUGUUGACAUGUAUUUUUGAGCAAAAGUUAAAUGGAUGUGCUGUUUUUUUGUUGAGACUGUAGAUGGCUGAAGGUUUCUUUUUGGAAGGGGGGGGGGGUAAAUGUAAGCUGUUUAAGCCUAUUAUUUUCUUUUUUUAACUCCCUAUGCUGUUUAGUACUUGUGUUGUUUUGCAUGUCUUUGUCUUGGCAUGUAGUUGUUGCACAAGGAAGUAUCAUGUACAAAACGCUGUGAAAUUAGAUUUUUAUAUUUAUCAAAUGUAUUUUUGAAAAUUAAGUUUAAUUUAAUCUUGCCAAGAGGAGUUUUAAAUCAAUUCAAUUUGUAAUUCAGUAAAUAAAUCUCUGGAGUUAACCUGUGAAAAAAAAUGUAUUAAGUUUUUUACGACCUUGGGAUAAUUUUAUAAUUAUGCAUACUAUCUUUGAGGUUAUUUCAGUUCACUGACAAAGUAGAAAAGUGAGUAUAAUUUCCCUAGCCUCUAAAUAGAAACACAUAUCUAGUCAUGUUUACUUAUCUUAUGCCAUGCCUCUGUUCUGUUGAUAUUCAUCAUCAGUGAAUGAAUGCUGUCUUUCACACUGUGCUGAAUCAUGUUUUAAUUAAACUCAGAACAAAAGUUGAUCUUGCACUGACUAAGCAGUCUGCUGAUAACAAUGCAUGUUUUGUUUAUAAAAAAAAUAAUUUAUUUUUACUUGAUGGUAAUGAAUUAUGUUUUAUUUGAAGAAUAUAAGCUGCCAUGAAAUUUGAAUCUAUUCCUGGGAAAAGUGGCAAAAAAAUGAAUAUGAAGCAGUUAUUUGGUAUGUUUAAAAGCAUACUAAAUAAAAUUAUUUUGGCGAAGAAACCUGCUGUUAGGCUUAUUGUUUUGUCUUUCAGCAUAUGAAACUACUGCUUUUACUUUAGUAUGAGAGCAUAUUUUACUGCAAAAAUGCCACUGUACUCUAUUUAUUAAGCUUUCAAGUUCUACUCCUGUUUGCUUUGAAUAUACAUUUUUCGCCUUGGUAUAUGGAGGAUUGCUCACAAUUUAUAUCUCCACAAUGUGCAUGAAAAUGUUUAAUCCCUCAGGUUAAUGAUCUUAGCAUAAACCCUAAACUCUUAGCUGUAUUGCUAAGUGAGGUGUCUUUAUUAGUCAUCCCAAAUAUCUUUACUUAACUGUGCUUCUCUUAUUAGAAAGGUGGUCCGGUGCCACAAUGGUUACCGUCUGUCACAAAUACAGUGAAGGUUGGCUAUCCUGGGUUUAGCUCUCAUUUCAGGCAUACUGUUCUUUUUCUGCAUGUGACAUCUGUUUACAGGGCUGUCAGCCUUAGUUGCUGGCUCGGUGUAAAACACCAAUACCCCCACUUCUCCCAUUAGAACGGGGGGAAUCCACAAUCUGUUUCAAUUUUCUUAUGAUCAAACAACUGCCAGGGAUAUUUGUACACAGCUUGUUUUUAAGGAACAACAAACUUUUUUCUUGAUCUUUCAAAAAAAAAAAAUUUGCAGUCAUCUGCAUGCAGCUCUUGAGUGUGACGCAAAUACCUAAAUAUGUUUGAAAUUGUAGGUGUUUCUCUUUUACAAAAUAUUGUUUCUUUUAGUAAGUAAAAGGAAACUUAGCAAUGGCAGCUAAUUUGUAUUUCGUACUUUAUAUAUAAUAAAGAAUGAACAUACAUGUGCGCAUCCAUAUGCACAUGACCGUUUAUGCACGGAAAAAGCUUGUUGAAAUUUGGAAGACUUGACCGGCUGAAUUGGCAUACAAAAUUAGAUGUACCAAAUUACCAAAAUAGGAUUAAGCAGUUUGUAACAAACAUAGUGAGGCUGAAUUUAAACUGACUUUAUUUUGGCAUUAAAAGGAUUGAUUUUUGCUAAAGUGUGACUUUGGCACAUAACCAUAACAUUUAAACAAAAUUUCUAAGCUAUCAAAGUAAGGCACUUUUUAAAAAUUACUGAGCUGCUUUCGAGAGCAAUAUGAACAGCUGUAAAAUGAGCACACAUGGCAGUUGUCUAGAUCUCUUUGUUCAAAAUGAAAAAAAGUGCUUUUUGUUUGUGUAAAGUUCUGUGCAUAAUGUUUUUGUGAGCCAGAAAUGCAUUUAGUUGCCUUGCCAUCUCAUACAGUUCACUUACUGUUUGAUUGGAUGUCAAUGCAUAGUCACAUUUUCAGUUACUGUUUGGUGGUGUAAAAAUUGUUAAUAGCCUUCAUAUGGUUUGUCGGUUACUUUUAACUUUUCAGUCCUUGGGCAUGUGUGAGUACCUAAAUGAAUGUGGAUAUCCAUGUGCAUGCCUGUUGCUUAUAAAUCAAACACACUUUUAAAACGACCUUUUGCUUGCUUUCUUUUCUUAAGAAGGGGGAGAAAGUCUGGUGGGGUGGGUGAGAUGUGGAAUUGUGGAAGGGGAGAAUUUGAUGAAAACUUCUUAAUGGAAACCAUGUUUCUAAUGACACCCAACUGAAUGAUCAUUAAAUUUUUAAAUAAACAA